AUGACAGCUACCUCUGAGUCCAUCAAUUCAUCAGUGGUCGACGCCGCGAAGACGAAACUGAAAGAGGAGGGAUGGUGUACUAUCCCAAACGUUUUGGAUCCUGACAGGACGAAAGACGCAUUAGAUAAGUUAUGGAAAGCUGCAAAGGAAAGCGAGCGGCAAGGCGUGGACACCUUCAUGCCGAAACUCGAUCCGAAUGCCAGCAACGUCCGAGUCUUCUAUCUCUUGGAACGGGACGCCUUGUUCCGCGAAUUGAUCGCGCAUCCCACCGCUGUGGAAAUGGUAAAAUCGGUAUUGGGGGAGAACUACUUGAUCAGCAACUUCACGGCGAAUAUCGCGCGGCCUGGGAGUAAGAGCAUGGGGCUUCACUCGGACCAAAGUCUCGUCGUGCCGGAUCCGUGGAAGGAGCCGUGGGCAUUGAACGUCGUCUGGUGUUUGAAUGAUGUCUACUUCGAGAACGGCGCCACCCUGUUCAUCCCCGGCAGCCACAAGUGGAUGAACCGAUCCGACGUGCCUGACAAUGCGGACCAGCUGCUUCGGCCAUUUGAAGCAAAGGCUGGUUCCAUCAUCGUCAUGGAGGGAAGAGUUUGGCAUACUUCAGGGGCUAAUAUCACAGUUGAUGCUGAUCGAGCAUUACUGUUCGGAUAUUAUACGGCGCCGUUCCUUCGGCAACAGGUCAAUUGGACUGCGGCCCUGUCGCAGGAAGUCCAGUCUUCGCUCAGUCCACAGAUGAGGGAGUGGCUAGGGUUGAACGUGACAGCGAACACUGGAAAGGUGUCGAACCUACAUUACCUGGCUGACCAAUACGGAAAAGGGAAAAUAUGA